CAAGAACGUAUUCGUCGCCAUUUCUCUCAAGUAGACGGUCUCAAAGAACCAAAUAUUUUUUUCGUUGCGAUUUAAACGCGAAUAUCCUGAUUUUUGGAAUCAAUUUUAGUUGCUUUCAUCAUCUAUUGGAAGCCCUUUUUGUGCUUUCGUUCCGUUGGGCUCUUUUGGUGCGCCGGGAGAUGGCGUUGCCUCAGAAUCCCGCGUGAUGCCUUCAUGGUAUGACGUACCACAGAAACAGGCGCAUUGAAGUUCAACCCACCCCCCUGGGCUAUUGCACCGGAUUCUCAAGAUAUCACCUCUCCCACCUCCUCUUCAACUUCUUUUCCGAAGAAGCAACAACAGGGGAUUGACUGGCUCCCAGAACUGAGGUGCUGCAUUGCUGAGAGCAGGAUAUGGAGUUCCCUGAGGACCCAUAUACCGCGAUGGACCGGCAGAAUAACAGGGACUGGGAACGUCGACAGUCUCGUGACAGAAGUACCCGAGAAGAAUUCACUAGUGCCCAAGAAUGGGAGGAGGAUGACAAUGCCACAGAUCGUUGGAGCCAAGAUCGCAAGCCAGAAGAUAGAGACAGGGAGCGUUACAGAGAGAGAGACAGAGAACGCUAUCAUGAAAGGCGAGACCGAGAUCGAGACAGAGAAAGGGACCGAGACCGUGACAGGGACCGUGAUAGAGAUCGCAGAAGAGAUGACAGUAGAGACAGACGAGAACAUCGACGAAGGGACAGUGAUGAUGACUCCAAUGAUAGAAGAUCUAAGCGAGAAGAGGAUGGACAUUCACCUAGAGACAUGGAUCUGGACAGCACUGAGAGUGAUCCGUCUGGACAAACGAACUGGGUUUCUGACUGGCGCAGUAACUCAACACCUAACAACACAAUUGUCAUCAGGGGUUUGGCUCAACAUAUAACUGAAAAUGAUAUUCGUCAAGACUGCAUGCAGGGAGGUGUGACCCCUAAAGCCAUUCGCCUAAUUCGGCGCAAAGAUACAGGUACAUCAAGAGGCUUUGCUUUCGUCGAGUUUAACAGCACCCAGGAAGCUUCUCGGUGGAUGGAGAUGAAACAGGGUGUUCUCAUGUUGCAAGAUCAGUACCGAGCUGUUAUGCAGUACAGCAAAAAUCCUCACGACCGUGUGGGCGGCACUCCUGGUAGAGUCAUGGCUCAAGACUGGAACUGCAUAAGAUGUGGUGGGCAUAACUUCAAAAAUAGAUCAACAUGUUUCACUUGCCAUGUUCCGCGUCCAGAGGCAGAAGAUGUGGCUGCCUCAGCGAUAGGCCUUGAAGAAAUCAGCCCAGUACCUACAAGCACUAUUCUUCUGCGGGGGUUGGAACCCAUGUCAACUGAAGACACUGUCCUGGCAGCUAUAAAACCCUACGUAUCUCUAGUUCCCCUUCGCAGUAUUCAUAUUGGUCGAGAUCCUCUAACAAAUCAAGCUCGAGGUGUAUGCUAUUUGGAGCUUCGUAGUGUUGUUGACAGCAUGUUUUUGUUCCAAGCACUGGCUCUCAACCCCCCUGUGAUAGAUGGUCGAAGAGUUCUCGUAUCAUACUGUAAGAUGAUUGGUGUGGACGUUAAUGCUGCCUUGGCCAUUUCGGCUGCCAACUCUGCUGCUCUUGCGGCUGCUCAACUGAACCACCAUCAGAUGAUUCUUCAGCAACAACAAGUUAUGGUAGCGCAGCAUCAUCAUCAACAACAAGCAGCUGCGGCGGCUGCCAUUGUGGCACACCACCACCAGCAGCAGCAGCAGGCUGCAGCCGCCGCCCUACUAGGCUCAGGCCAUGUGCCUGGCGCCCAGUAUACGCUGGAAGACGUACCCCGGUUAGCGGAGUAUUCUGCCAAUUUGUAUGCUAACACUCCUGAGGAGAGAGCUGCAUUUUUACAAUACUACCAACAGUACUAUGCAACACAAAUAUCAGAGGGUGCGGCAAUAACCCUGCCUGUCCAAGUGGAGGGAGGUGCAAUGGCUGCUGCGGCAGCGCACCAAGCUGUGCUUCAGCAGAUGCAUGCCGCGGCUGCUGCAGCUGCCGUGGCCGCUGCAAAGGAUGAUGAAGCUAAAAAUGAGCUGCUGAAGAAAUUAAAAGGCGCGGACAUGCGAUCAAAGGCAAGUGUUGGAAAAUUGGCUGUUGAGCAAGCUCAAGCUGCAGCUGCAGCGCAAAACCAGUCGCUGUCCCUGCAGAGCUCAACAGAAGGCGGAAAAACGACUGGACCUCAACCGCGGAGGGAAGUGGUAGACUUUGCCAACACAAAGCAUUCACCACCCGAUGUCAGCACCUACCAGUAUGAUGAGAGCUCUGGUUACUAUUAUGACUCAAGUACUGGUCUUUAUUUUGACCCCAAUUCACAAUACUAUUGGAAUGCACAAACACAACAAUUUAUGUAUUGGGAUUCUGAACGCUCCACAUACCUCCCAGCACCUUCUGAUGGGAAUGAUUCUCUUUCCAAUGGAGCUAAUUCAAGAGAUGAUGGAAGUGGUAAGAAGGAUGGCAAGAAGGGUGAAAAGUCUGAUAAGGUCAAAGUUGCCAAAAAAAUAGCUAAGGACAUGGAACGCUGGGCUAAGUCACAAAAUCAGAGGAAGAAUAUGAAUCAAGCAAAUCUACCAUCUAGCAACAUCCCAGAAAAGAGUGGGGCAGCAGAUGCUGGCUUUGCCAUACUUGAAGGCCGGUCAAAAGUUAAUCUUACAAUGGCCAAUCAGGCUCCUAUGAUGGAAACUGCAAACCACUCUCCUUCAAGGGCUGAUCCUAGCAACAUGGGAAACUCAAGUAAUAGUGCAUUAGUUGCUGCAUAUGGAGGAGGCUCUGAAUCUGAAGAAGAAAUUGAAGAUGUGCAACAAGAGGAAAAGCAACAUAUGGACUGGUCUAAACUUGCAUGUUUGUUAUGUAAAAGACAAUUUCCUAGCCGGGAAGCUCUUAGUCGCCAUCAACUUCUCUCUGAUCUCCACAAACAAAAUCUAGAAACUUGGUAUCGGUCUCGUGGUCUAGACCCCAAUGACCCUCAGCAACGAAACAAUAAAUACCGAGACAGAGCAAAGGAGCGAAGGCUGAAGUAUGGAGAACCUGAUAAACCAAAUCCAAACCGCCUUAAGGAAAAGUACUUGAAAUCAAGACAGGAUACUGGCCCCGCUUAUGAGGAACCAACUAAAGCCGGUAUAGGCGCUGAUAACAAGGGAAACAGACUUCUUCAAAAAAUGGGAUGGCAAGAAGGAAUGGGGCUAGGAAAAAGCAACCAAGGAAGAACAACAAUCAUUCAGGCUGAACAGAGAGUAUCCACAGCUGGCUUGGGAUCCAAACAAUCAACCUACACUCCUCUUCCUGGUGAAACUUAUAAAGACUGUGUUAAAAAGAUGAUGUUUGCUCGGUAUCAUGAGUUGUCAGAGCAGGAAAAUGGUGGCAGUUGACCCACAUCCUCCUCUUUGAACUGAGGAAUGCCAAACUAUUCUCUUCCGUUGUUUAUUAAUUUAACUAGUUAAUUGUCCUUCCCUUUUUGUGACUGACUGAAGCCAUAAGCCCUUGUAUUGUAUGUAGUUAUGUUUGUGUUUUAAUUUCUAUAUCACUGCAAUGUAAUCAUUUUGAAUUGCAAUUUUCUCCCGCUCAUGAAUUUUCUGAAUCGUUCAUAUUCAAUGAGCAGAUCCAGUAAACCUAGUUAGUAAAUUUUGUAACAUUCUUUUUUUGACUGUUUUGCUGGCUCUUUUACAUGAUUUAGGUUGUCAUGUAUACACACAUGUUGAUGGUAAACUGGGAAUAGUCUGAAGUUUUGAAACAAGUAGUAUUCAGC